CAGAUCUCAGAAAGUUCAAACUUCGAAACUUUUAAACCAUAACCAUUAUAAAUAAACCAUACCCAAACCAUUUAUGAUGGCUACCAACAUAGAUACUACUCCACCUGGUCGUGAUCAGCAAAAGACUGGAGCUGCCUCUAUCCCUUCAUUUGGAAGCAAGUUAGAUCUUCUAGUGGAGAAUAUAAAGAAAUGCAAAGAGAAGGUCUUUCAAGCAUUAAAUGACGAGAACAUCAAAGAAAUCAAGAGAAGCUUGCACGAUCUGCUCACUGCAUCUAAAAACACGCAAGAAGAAGCAUCCCUCAUAGUAGAUUUCCUGAGUUUUCCCACUAGAAAACUAGAAGAGAAUCAAUUGAUGCCAGCUGAAGAAGAAACCACAAUGACACUUCCAGCUGCAGUCACUGAAGUAUCAGGUCUUGUUAAAAUACUUGAAGAAAUAGUGCAACUUUUACAGGGAGUCUUGGACGAAAACUUACAGUACAUACUAAAGAACUCAAAACUACAAAAAGGUUCCAUAAAAAGUAGUACACUUCAACGUGAGAUACUAUUAAUAUUAAAUUAUUUGACAUCUUUCCUGUCAAAAGAUCUGAGAGAUUAUUCAUCUGCAGUGAAGAAUAUGACAAGCUGCAGUGAUUUCCUCGUGAUUGCUGCCACUGACAAAAAAGAUAUUUCUUCUUGUGCACCAAUGCUUGAUGCAAAAGAGGCAGGCUCAGCAAUCAAAUUAAGUUCAAUGAUUGCACAGCAAAAGUCACCCAGUAAAACUAGAGAAGAUUCGAGUUCACAUGCUGCAGCAAUAGAUGACAUUUGGCAAGAAAGCCCAUCUCAUCGUGAAUUAAUGGACCUUCUCUCUUGCAUAUCACAUGAAUGGUCAAUGCUUGGCAUCUGCCUAGAGCUGGACCAGAAUGCUCUUAGCUCCUUACAACAAAGGCAGUCCUCUAGCAAAGAGAAACUCUCAAAGGUGCUACAUAAAUGGAAGAUACAGCAGAAUAAAAGUGCUCCUUACACAUGGCAAACUAUUAAAAAUGCUGUGUGUGGACCUAUCUUACAAAACAGAAGAGUUGGGAGAGAAAUAGAAGAGUAUUUGGCAAAGAAAAAUGCAUCAGCUACUCCACACAAUAAUAAUGAAGUCAUUGCUGUUGAUGAACAAGUACAAACAUCACUGGAGCAAAUACUUGGUUAGCUACAAUAAAUUAUUACCAUAUAGCGCUUUAAUUUUGUGGAGCUAAAAUUUCUUAUAGCAUCAGCUACUCCACACAAUAAUAAUGAAGUCAUUGCUGUUGAUGAACAAGUACAAACAUCACUGGAGCAAAUACUUGGUUAGCUACAAUAAAUUAUUACCAUAUAGCGCUUUAAUUUUGUGGAGCUAAAAUUUCUUAUAGCAUCAGCUACUCCACACAAUAAUAAUGAAGUCAUUGCUGUUGAUGAACAAGUACAAACAUCACUGGAGCAAAUACCUGAUAAAGACUUGAUACAGUACAGUAGACUCAUGAAAGACAAAGACCUCAAUAGUCUCUGUGGCUAUCUUGGCUUCUCUGACAAAACACUCCAAGAGAUUAAAGAAAAGAAUAAGAAAGAAACUGUGCAGUCGUAUAAUUUGCUUAAAAAA